AUGGUUUCAGCGAGCCCCAUUCCUGACAACAAGAGUGAUGUAUCCCGCGACCUCGAGCGGCAGACGCAGCGCGACCGGCCCUCGCUCCGAAGUGGACUGGCCUCGUUUCUGAAAGUAGAGGACGGGGAGAGGCUCCUGGAUGCCGGCGUCGAAGAGAACGGCAUCAAACCUGUGCCCCUCGAGCAGCGGACCUCGACCCGGUACAGUAAUCUCUUUACCGUCUUCUUCACAUGUCUCAUGUGCCUGCUCCCCAUUCCGACGGGCAUGUUAGCCACGCUUGGUAUGGGUAUGAGGCUGACAGAUGCUUCCCUUGUCAUUAUUUUCUUUGGAUUGCUCACAAGCAUCCCGCCUUCCUUCAUGGGAAUUGCUGGUAUGGAAACGGGCCUGAGACAGCUUGUCCAGGCACGAUAUUCGUUCGGCCGCUAUCUCGUAACGAUCCCGCUUCUCCUGAACGCCGCCACCUUGACGGGCUUCUCGCUGAUAUCGGCCAUUGUUGGCGGCCAAGCGCUUGCGUCGCUGGACCCCGAGACCAUCAGCGUCAACGUCGGCAUUGUGAUUUGCUGUCUAGUCUCGUUCGCUGUCUCCCUAUUGGGCUUCACUGCUCUCCACCUCUGGGAGCGCUGGACCUGGAUCCCGAGCUUGGUUUCGAUCGUGAUCGCCGUGGGUUGUGGUGGCCGCCAUCUGCAUCUGCAGAGCGAGGCCCCGCCGGCGACAGUCCGCCAGGUCUUGACAUACGGCGGUUUUAUAGCCGGCUACUUCAUCACCUUUGGCGGUACCGUCUCUGAUUAUUCCAUCUAUCACAACCCUCGGGUAUCGAAGCUCAAGAUAUUCCUGUACAUGUACGCCGGCUUCCUGCUCCCAUCGGUGCCUCUCCUAAUCCUCGGGGCCGCCAUCGGUGGGGCUGUUCCCAACGUACCAGCAUGGGACAUGGCAUACCAUGUCACAGGCGUCGGCGGCAUUAUGCACGAGAUGCUUGCACCCGCUGGCGGAUUUGGGAAAUUCGUCCUCGUCAUUCUGGCUUUCAGCGUCAUCGGUAACGUUGCUAUCUCCAUGUACAGUGUGGCGCUCAACUUGCAGAUGCUGCUCCCGUUCUUCGCCAAGGUGCACCGCUUUCUCUUCAUCCUGGUUACGAUGGCCUUGAUGAUUCCCUUUGCGAUCCGUGCCGCCGAAGAAUGGGAAGAAAGUCUGACCAACUUUUUGGCUCUCAUUGGAUACUGGGCCGGAUGCUUCGACGCUGUCUUGAUUGUGGAGCUGGUUGCUUUUCGGAAGCUCGACUACUCGACCUUUGAGCAUUCUAUUUGGAAUGUAGGGAGCAAGCUUCCGCCCGGAAUAGCGGCGAUCGGAGCGUCGUUGGUUAGCAUGGCGCUGGUUGUUCCGGGUAUGGCCGCACCGUGGUACACGGGUCCGAUUGCGAGGACUACAGGGGAUAUUGGAUUUGAGAUGGCGUUUGGUGUGACGGCGCUUUGCUACUUGGCCUUUCGUUGGGUUGAAGUCAGAUGGCGGGGCCAUCUGUAA